AUGAGAGCGGCGUUUAGACCUGUACUUUUAAAUCGUUUGCAUCCACUGAAAGUUUCUAAAAUCAUAAAUUUUUACCACCCGAAAGGAAAAGGAAUCAUUACCAUGUCUGGGUCAUCGGAUCAUCAAAGUAUUGAUGUCUCUGUUAGUGGGUUUGAUAGGCCGAGAUUGGUUGUUAAGAAAGUGUUGUCUAAAUCUCAAAGUGAAGGGGAAGGUGCUGUUGUUAGGAGAAGUAUUGGGAGGCCCGAAUUGAAGUAUAUUGAUCCAUUCCUCAUGUUGGAUGAGUUUUCAGUUACGCCUCCUGCUGGAUUUCCAGACCACCCACAUAGAGGUUUUGAGACGGUUACAUAUAUGUUGAAGGGAUCUUUUACUCAUCAAGAUUUUGCCGGUCAUAAGGGAACAAUCCAUGCUGGUGAUGUUCAAUGGAUGACAGCAGGAAGAGGCAUUAUUCACUCUGAAAUGCCUGCUGCCGGAGGUACUCAAACUGGCUUGCAACUUUGGAUCAAUCUUGCUUCUAAAAACAAAAUGAUUGAGCCUCGGUAUCAGGAAUUGCUCGAUGCAGACAUUCCGAGGGCAAAAGAAAAUGGAGUUGAAGUUAAAGUAAUAGCCGGAGAAUCAAUGGGAGUUCAUUCAUCAGUUUAUACAAGAACCCCUACAAUGUUCCUGGAUUUCAAACUUGAACCAAAAGCUCAACAUCAUCAAAGCAUCCCUGAAGUUUGGAACGCUUUUGUCUAUGUACUCGAAGGAGAAGGAGUCUUUGGCAUUCCAAAUUCAGCGGCUGUUUCUGCUCACCAUACAUUGCUUUUAGGUCCAGGAGAAGGUCUCAGUGUAUGGAACAACUCCUCCAAGUUAUUGAGAUUUGUUUUGAUAGCAGGUCAGCCACUCAAUGAACCAGUCUCUCAGUAUGGUCCGUUUGUCAUGAACACACAAGCUGAAAUCGAUCAGACCAUAAAGGAUUAUCAGUAUGCCAAGAAUGGUUUUGAAAUGGCAAGGACUUGGAGAUCCAAGUGA